AUGUACAAGGCCGUCAUCCUGCCGACGCUACUGUAUGGAGCGGAGACAUGGACGGUGUACACGAGGCAGGCACGCCGACUGAACCACUUCCACCUCAGCUGUCUCCGCCGCAUCCUGAGGCUGAACUGGCAGGAUCGAAUCCCCGACACGGAAGUGCUGGAACGGACGGGAAUUCUAAGCAUCUACCUCAUGCUGAGACAAAUGCAGCUGCGCUGGAGCGGCCAUCUGGUGCGCAUGGACGACGAGCGACUACCCAAAAGUCUGUUCUACGGAGACAUCGCGACGGGUUCUCGCUGUCAAGGCGGACAGACUCGCCGUUACAAGGAUACCCUGAAGUCCUCCCUGAAGCGCCUGCACAUCAACCCGACCAACUGGGAAGAGCUCGCCCGCGAUCGUCCGACAUGGAGGAGAACAGUGAAGACGGGCGCUGCUAUCUACGAAGCCAACCGCAUCGCCGCCGCCAAAAUGAAACGCGAAGUCCGCAAAUCACAACUCCGCCCAAUACGCAACGCCGCCGCACAACCUCUCCCUACAUGUCCUCGAUGUCAACGGACAUUCCGGGCACGAAUCGGACUUGUUGGACAUCUUCGAACCAACUGCACCUCUCGAACUGCCCCAGCCAUCGUUCCCCCGCCCGCCUCUUCCUCGUCCUCUCUUCCGCCAACUAACUCUGACACUCCUUCUGCACCACCACUUCCAUCCUCCUCCAUCUCCUCCACUGCCCCAGCGGUGGCCGUUCAGGCUGCCGUCUCACACGUCGCCAACCACGACACAACAACCACAACCACCCCCACCUCUCCCGAUUCCAGUGAUGAGGAUCAGGACUACACCUGCCCUCACUGUGACCGCACCUUCACCUCACACAUCGGCUGGUCGGUCACUUGCGAAUCCAUCGCACAGAGACUGGUGAACCAGUGCCUAGAGCACCAACCUACACCCACCGCACUCGCCUCCACUGCCCACAAUGCCCUGGCACCUUCACUCACCGCAUGGGCCUGUUCGGCCACAUGCGCAUCCACGAGAGCGGAAUUGACCGCAGCCUUGACACACCCACCCCGCCGAGCCCCACUCCCAAUCCACCACCUUGUGCACCCACUAACCACUCCCCAGCCGACAUCGACGCCACCGACCUUACCACCCCUCACUCCUCCCCUUCCUCCUCAUCUUCCUCCAUCACUGCCACAACGACGGCCGCUUCGGCGUCUGUCGCCCACGACCUCACCACAGCCGAACCUGACACAACAACCGGCACAACCCCUGCAACCUCCAUCAUCAGACUUGAGGGCCAGGACUACAUCUGCCCUCACUGCGAUCGCACCUUCACUUCACGCAUCGGCCUGGUCGGUCACUUGCGAAUCCAUCGCACAGAGACUGGCGAACCAGUGCCUGAAGCACCAACCUACACCCACCGCACUCGCCUCCACUGCCCACACUGCCCUCGCACCUUCACGCAUCGCAUGGGUCUAUUCGGCCACAUGCGCAUCCACGACGACCUGCGGUAGACAACCGCUGGUCACACCACACAUUCCCUCACUCCCCACCUCCUAA